AUGGGACCAGUCAAUGAUACCCCAAUUUCAGAGUUUCUUCUCCUGGGACUAUCAGAGGCACCGGAACUGCAGCCCCUCCUGUUUGGGCUGUUCCUCUCCAUGUACCUGGUCACUGUGCUGGGAAACCUGCUCAUCAUCCUGGCCGUCAGCUCAGACUCCCGCCUCCACACGCCCAUGUACUUCUUCCUCUGCAACCUGUCCUUGGCUGACAUCUGCUUCACCUCCACCACCGUCCCGAAGAUGCUGGUGAACAUCCAGACGCAGAACAAAGCCAUCGCCUACGCAGGCUGCAUCACCCAGAUGUAUUUUUUCGUGCUCUUUGCAGGAUUGGACAACUUCUUUCUGACCGUAAUGGCCUAUGACCGGUUUGUGGCCAUCUGUCACCCCCUGCACUACACGGUCAUCAUGAAUCUCCGGCUCUGUGGCCUGUUGGCACUGGUGUCCUGGAUCAUGAGUGUCCUGGAUUCCUUGCUGCAAUGCUUGAUGGCGUUGCGACUGUCCUUCUGCUCAGACUGGGAAAUCCCCCACUUUUUCUGUGAGCUCAAUCAGAUGACCCAACUUGCCUGUUCUGACACACAUCCUAAUAACAUUGUGUUAUAUUUUGUAACUGUGCUACUCGGUAGUGGUCCCCUGGCUGGGAUCUUUUACUCUUACUCUAAGAUAGUGUCCUCCAUACGUGCAAUCCCAUCAGCUCAGGGGAAGAUUAAAGCCUUUUCCACCUGCGCGUCACACCUCUCCGUUGUCUCCUUAUUUUAUGGUACAGGCCUAGGCGUGUACCUCAGCUCCGCUGUUACUCACGGCUCCCAGUCAAGUGCAGUGGCCUCCGUGAUGUACACCGUGGUCACACCCAUGCUGAACCCCUUCAUCUACAGCCUCAGGAACAGAGACAUAAAAGGGGCUCUCAAAAGAUUGGCUGUGGUGGCAGCACUGCAAGAGCCGGCCUCGGUUCACACUUGGCCUCACCUAAGCACCGGUCAGCCCAGCACAGAGGCACCAGAACUGCAGCCCCUCCUGUUUGGGCUGUUCCUCUCCAUGUACCUGGUCACUGUGCUGGGAAACCUGCUCAUCAUCCUGGCCGUCAGCUCAGACUCCCGCCUCCACACGCCCAUGUACUUCUUCCUCUGCAACCUGUCCUUGGCUGACAUCUGCUUCACCUCCACCACCGUCCCAAAGAUGCUGGUGAACAUCCAGACACAGAGCAAAGCCAUCGCCUAUGCAGGCUGCAUCACCCAGAUGUAUUUUUUCAUACUCUUUGCCAUGUUGGACAACUUCCUCCUGACCGUGAUGGCCUAUGACCGGUUUGUGGCCAUCUGUCACCCGCUGCACUACACGGUCAUCAUGAACCCCCGGCUCUGUGGGUUGCUGGUUCUGGUGUCCUGGAUCAUCAGUUCCCUGUAUUCUCUGCUGCAAUGUUUCACUACUGUGUUCUUCAUGCUCCCUUGA